CAAUUAUUAUUUUUCUGCACCUACUUGUUCAAUGUUGUUCGCGCUCGUCAUUUAGUUGUAUAAUUUUUCUACUUAUUUUCUUUUAGCGAUCUAUAUUAAAUAAUGAAGUUCAAAAGUAUUAUUACAAAUAAAAUUGCAAACAAUGGAUUUUUAUUAACGGCCUAUGCUUAUACAGUAAUGCCAGUGGUAUUAGCCAAAGAUGAACAAGAACCCAAACUUGUCAGACCUAAAGAUUUAUCAAUAUAUCCUGACGAAUCCAAAGAAAAGAAAACUGAAAAAGAAAUUGACUGGCAACCAACAAUAGCAUUAGGUUCAAUUCAAAAAGUAAGAGAAGAAAUUGUCAACCUAAAUCAACAAUGGUCCAAAGUCAAAGAUAGAGUAUACAUUUUCAUUCAGACUGGGGUCAGCCAUACAGAAUCUUUUGUGGAUGAUAUGAGGCAAGAAAGUAAUUCUACUCUCCGAGUCGGAUUUGUGGCUGGAAGUGGUUUAGCUGGUUUAUUAUUAGCAGCUAGAAAAGGAACAUUUAAAAAACUUGUUUAUGCCACAACUGGAGCAUCAACUGCAUUUUAUGUUGGUUAUCCAAAAGAAUCUGAAGAAGCUACUAAAAUCAUCAAACAUUAUUCCAUUGUUUCUUAUCAUUUGAUAAAUAAUGUAACCAAGGAUUUAACUGGUUUUGAGUUACCAUCAUUACCAUUACCAAAAGCUGAAUCCCAAUUUGAUAACCCUGAAGAAACCAGCAAACCCGAUUGGAUAGAACUAUUUAUUUCAUUGUUUGACUAUGUGAAAGAACCACUAGAAUCUUUAAAACAAAUGGUUUUUAAUGGAAAAAAUGGACCAGCUGACAAGGGUAAAUAACUUCUCAAAAAUGUUUACACAUUAUAUAUUUGCUAGUGCAUAGUUGUUACAAUAAACAUAUUUAGCAGUGAAAUUA